UGGUCUGUGUCAUGUCUGUGUUUUAUGGGUCUGUGAUUUGACUUAUUUGUUUAAAAAAUGUUGGUGAAUAAAAUUUUAAAAUAAAGAAAUUGGAAUAUGUACCUUGAAUAUUUCUAUGAAGUAUGCGUGAAUUUGGGAAAUUUGGCCCUUUAAUUGGUGCUAUCGACGAGGGUACUUCAAAUGUAAAAUUUCUGGUGUUUGCUGCAAACACAUCUGAGGUACUGACGUAUCACCAAGUAUCCUUGAAACGUUUUAGUCCACAAGAAGGAUGGGUGGAACAAGAUGCAUUAGAAAUUUUAAGUGCUGUCUUAGAAUGUAUUGAAGUUACAGUUGACAAUUUAAAAAAACUUGAUAUUAAUCCAGAAGAUGUCCUGGGUAUUGGAAUAUCUAACCAAAGAGAAACUACAGUAGUGUGGAAUUCUUCAAAUGGAGAACCUCUAUAUAGUGCCAUUGUAUGGUUAGAUGUAAGAACAUCCAGUAUUGUUGAUGAUCUUCUAAAAACCAAAGGAGCACAGUGUAUUAAUGCUGUAACUCAAACCAGUGGGCUUCCGUUGUCUACAUAUUUCUCAUCAGUAAAGCUAAAAUGGCUCCUACAAAAUGUCACAGCUAUAAAAGAUGCUGUUUCUAAUGGGGAGUGCAUGGCCGGUACAGUGGAUUCCUGGUUGAUUUGGAAUCUUACUGGUGGAAGCAGAGGUGGAAUACAUGCUACAGAUGUCACAAAUGCGUCUCGAACGCAACUUAUGUCACUAAAAAGUUUGCAAUGGGACAAAGGGCUUUUACGUUUCUUUGAUAUUCCCUUGCAAAUAUUGCCAAAGAUAAAAAGUUCUGCUGAAAUAUAUGGAUAUAUUUCUACGGGUUCUCUACUAGGCACUCCAAUUGCAGGGUGUUUGGGAGAUCAGCAAGCAGCUCUAGUUGGUCAAAAUUGCAUGAAUUUUGGCCAAGUAAAAUGCACUUACGGGACAGGUUGUUUUAUGCUUUACAACACAGGUGAAUCUAUAGUGCACUCACAGAAUGGUUUACUUACAACAAUAGCUUACAAACUUGGGCCUAACUCUCCACCAAUCUACGCAUUAGAAGGAUCAGUUGCCAUAGCAGGCGACACGUUACAGUGGCUGCAAGAUAGCCUGGGGAUUAUAAGUGAUGUCUCAGAAGCGGAGAAUCAAGCGUCCCAAGUGACAGAUACUGAUGAAGGAAGCAUUUGUUUCGUGCCAGCAUUUAACGGAUUGUAUUCACCUCACUGGAGAAAAGAUGCCAGAGGCGUGAUGUGCGGGCUGAGCAGCAGGACGCGGCGCCAGCACGUGGUGCGCGCGGCGCUGGAGGCGGUGUGCCAGCAGACGCGCGCCGUGGCCGACGCGAUGGCCGCCGACUGCGCGCCGCUGCGCCGCCUGCUGGCCGACGGCGGCAUGGCGCAGAACGCCGCGCUCAUGCAGAUGCAGGCCGACCUGCUCGCCAUUCCUGUGAUUCGCCCUCUAAUGAUGGAAAGUACAGCUCUUGGAGCAGCUAUAGUGGCGGGCCGCGCUCUCCGAGUGUGGCCAGUUAGUACGCCGAGCCCACCAGCAGAUACAUUUUUGCCUGGAAUUUCAAGUGAAGAACGAGAAAUACGUAAAGUUCGCUGGGAAGCAGCACUGGAUAGAUGUUUGGGGUGGGCAUCGGAAGACAAAGAGACAGCUCAGUACAAACCCGUUGAGGUGGAUUAUACAACAGCAGUGUUACCAUCGGGUCUAUUCUUCCUCGGCACUGCACUACUGGUCAUAUUAGCAGAUAAAUUGAGGAUGGUGUAGAAAAUUAAUGUUCCACGUAGUCAUUAGAUUACCUGCAGUGAUAGUCAGCCAUAAUAAUACAGUAUUAUUAUUUUUGUGUUCAUAAUGUUACCAUAAAAUAUAAAAAUGUUUUAUUUG